AUGCAUGAGGCUUAUAUUGUUUACCCGCCGGAGAAAAUCUCCGUGCAAAUUGAGUCGAUGACGGGUUUUGAUAACAAACUCAUUCUGGGGACCCGGCAAGGGCAUCUAUUGAUGUAUUCAUUUGAGAAAAAUUCGGAUACUAAUAAGCUUGAUCUGCAGCUGCUGCAAUAUGAUAAAAACUUCAGCAAAAAGCCAAUCACUCAGAUUGAUGUUAUUCCAGAAUAUACGAUGCUAUUCAGUCUGACGGAUGGUAUGCUGAACGUGAACGAUUUCAGCCGGCAUGGGUUCCCUUUAAUUCAUGCCGCCCAACGCACGAAAGGUGCAAACGUGUUUGCUUUAGACAUAAAGCGCUCCAAAUCGUUAACAAGUGAAAUCAAGAUUGUCUGCCGCGUGUGUGUGGCCGUGAAACGAAAGCUGCAGUGUUAUUACUGGAAGCAGAACUUGUUGCUCUCGCUGGACUGCGAGAUAGAUUUGAACGAUGUGCCAAAAACCGUCGCUUGGAACAACAAUUUCAUCUGCGUCGGUUACAAGACGGAGUACGUCCUGUAUGAUAUGUCGGGCGCUCAGCCUCGAAAAGUCGAUCUCUUUCCCACAAGCUCCUCAAAAACUAUUGAACCAUGCAUAACGCUGAUUGAGGAUAGCGUGUUUGCCGUGGUGAAAGAUGAAUUUCUUAUUACUAUCUACACGGAAAAGUAUCGGGCAGACGAUCGUGAAGGACCCAACAAUAUGUCUGGUUCGGUUAAACCCACCGACACAAUGGCUUCCGCAAAGGCUGACGCAGCCAAACGAACAAUGAAUCUGAAGUCAUUGAUCUGGAGUGAGCCAUUCCAGUGCCUGGUUUGGGAUGACCCAUAUGCAGUAGGACUGAUCAAUGACGCAAUAGAGGUGCGUGUGUUUGAAAACGUGCAGGAUAAAGGCACACUGAUACAGAGCAUUCCACAACUACAUAAGGCGCGAUUUUUGGUACGCGGCAAGCAGGGCUUGCUGUACGUGGCCUCGGUUUCGCAUUUGUGGUGCAUACAGGCUGUGGAUAUUUCCAAACAACGAGAACAUUUGCUGCAAGAAGAAAACUUCCAGCUGGCUUUGAAAUUGACGCAUAUAUCCGAUGAAAGUCCAGAAUUCAAAGCAACGAAAAUAAACGAAAUUCAAACCCGGCACGCAUAUAACCUAUUCGUGAACAAGCACUUUCGAGAGUCAAUGCAAGAAUUCGCCCAGUUAGAUACCGAUCCGAUCGAUGUGAUACGCCUAUUCCCAGAUCUGCUACCGGACAGUUGCAAAAACAAACUGAGUCUUUACUCCGACAAGCCGGCUCCGGUUCUAGACGAAAAAGAAUUGGAAAAAGGCAUUUUGGCAUUGAUUAACUACCUAGCAGACAAACGCUUCCCACUACGCAAAGGCGGCAAGACGAACGCGGAUGGAACGACGGACAAGAAUGUAAUGGCGCUGCUUGCGAUCAUCGAUACGACCCUGCUAAAAUGCUACCUACUAACAAAUGAUUCACUAAUUGCUCCGGUGUUGCGCAUGAACCAUUGUUAUUUAGAAGAAUCAGAACGGGUACUAAAAAAACACGAAAAGUUCGUCGAGCUCAUCAUCCUCUACCAAACGAAGGGUCAACAUAAGCGUGCACUGCAGCUUCUGCACACGCAAGCGGAUAUUCCUGAUUCCCCCUUGGUUGGACAUGAAAGAACGAUUCAAUACCUCCAACAGCUAGGGUCCGAAUUCAAGCAGCUUAUAUUUGAGUUCUCUGGGUGGGUGUUGGCUAAACACCCCGACGAUGGAUUGAAAGUGUUUAUCGAAGAAAUGCCGGAGGUGAAGAACCUCCCGCGGGCAGAAGUUCUUGAUUUCUUACUAAAGGAUCACCGAAUGCUAGUUAUCCGCUAUUUGGAGCAUAUCAUCAACGUAUGGAAUGAGGAAAAGGCGUUGUUCCAUAAUAUUCUUAUUCAGCAAUAUCGCGAAAAGUUGACUACGCUGAAAAACGAUCCAGAGCUGAGCAGCAAUUUGUCAAAAAAAGCAGAAAUGGAUGAAACGAGAGAAAAACUAUUGAUGUUCCUUAAAAAGUCCAAGUACUACCACGCGGAAAAGGUUCUAGGAGAAUUUCCGUACACGGACAUGUUCGAGGAGCGAGCCAUUAUUCUGGGAAGACUAGGCAAACACGAGAAAGCAUUAGCGAUAUUCGUGCAAAUACUGGGUGACUUUGAGAAGGGACUUGCAUACUGCGACGACGUGUAUGAUGCAAAUGACCCGCAGAACUGCGACGUCUACGUGACACUAAUGAAAAUCAUUCUUACACCACCGACGGCACCGCCUUACAGCGAUGUGGCGCUGCACCCGCGGUGUCAAGUGCCUGAUCACGAUAUGGUCGUCAGCAUUUUGGAGAAGCACGCGGAAAAAAUCAACCCGUACGCGGCGUUGCAGAUCCUACCCGACAGCAUCCCGCUGGUGCGCAUCAAGCAGUUUCUGGAAAACGCGCUGAAGUUCUAUCUCGAGAAAAAGCAACGGGCUCAGGUCCUGAAGGGGCUGUACUAUGCCGAGCAUCUGCAGAUUAUGGAACAGAAGAUGCUGUGCGAAUCGAAACACUUUCUCGUGACCGAUCUUAGCGUGUGUGCAGUUUGUAAGAAGAAGUUUAGCAACCAGAGCGCUUUUGUAAGGCUGCCCGACGGGGUAAUAGUGCACUUUUCCUGCCAGGAUCGGAUACUUAGUUGA